GAAACUCAGCACCUCAAUCUGGAUCAUCUCCUUCCUGCUGCAUCACUUGUAGGGAAGGGAGGACAGGGGGACCUGAGACCACUGUCCCCACAGGAAAAACAGGAGCUUGCAGGUGUUCAGAUUCAGGAUGGCAGACAGACUUGUCCGUGCAUCACAGACAAAGAAAUUAAGAAACAGACUGGACCAGACAGUGGACACAGCCCGGUGCUGGUAUCCACGAGUCAUGAUGGGACUGGACCUGAGCCAAAGAAGAGAGUCAGUUCCAGCAACAAAGAAGAAAGGCUUCAGGCUCCCAAAGUAAAGACUUCAGAAUACUUUCCAAGGUUUAACAAGUCUAGAGACCUAUUUAAGGCAAAGGAGCUCCUUGCUCUUCAAUUAAAAUCUGCCAAUGCCUUGACAACCAACACGUCAGUUGACUCUGCAGUGGUAGCUGUGAAAACAAAGAAUGAAGAAACUACCCUGGUUACUGAAAUUCCCUCACCAACAUCAGUUUCCCAGGAUCCUAAACUAUCAGAAUUUAAAAACAACUUGAUUAAAGAAUUAAAGUUGAAAUUGGAGAAUAGGAAUCAUAGCUCUGUUCAAGAGCAGUCUAUUCAUAUGGCUGUUGCCUCAGAUAACUUGAUUUCCAAAACCUUGAAGACUCGUGCCCAGGGUGUCUCCAAUGGGAAGAUGGCAGCUUCUCAGGUUAUGUAUGUACAUAUGGACAACACACCAGUCAUAAAGCAACAGCAUCAGGAACCCCAGUCCCUAAACACAUCUUGCAAAAAAGCUAGGAUAAGAACGCCCUACCAGGUUCCAAGAGACUGAAUCAUUUGCUACCAAAAACAGGAGAGCUUGGUGAAAGGGAUGCAGGCUUGGGCACACCACAACCCAGUAGGAAGAGCUGCCCUGGUCAACACAGGGCAUUAAAGAAGAUGCUUGGAAGCAGAUCUUCCCCAACCUCAUCACGGAAGGAUCAGCUUCCUCCUCAAAAUCCGUUCCAUAAACAGAUAAAGAAAUUUUUGCAAUGUGUGGUGCACUGAGAAGGCCAUGCCAAGAUGGCCACUGGCAAGCGAGCAUCAUUUACUUAGGAGUGCCUUUGAAAACCACCUGGUCAGGGAGCCUGCCUGGCAACAGGCUGUGAUUGGAUGGCUUUGAAACCCACAUGACAAACAGAGCCUAGCUAGCACCAGGCUGUGAUUGGAUGGCUUUGGAAACUGCCUGCAGGCAACAGGCUGUGAUUGGUUGGGGCAUAGACCGCCCCUUGACCAGAUUGGCUGGUCUUGGCUAGAUAAGUGUUGUACUAACUGAAAUAAAUGAGUCUGCGGGCUGCUUGCAUCAAGCCCACUUUCACGUGACUCCCAGUGUCUGUGUGGUGACUCUGCCCCUCUUGCACCCACCACACUCCUCCUCUCAGAAAUGAAUCCACCGCAACAUGGUUGAGAAAUCCACUGCUACAUCUGGCGCCUUACAUGACUGAGAAACAGACAGCGUGUCAGGCUCAGCAAGCUCCCCCCUGGAUUUUGGCAAGAAGACCCCUCAGUGUUUUGUGUGCUGUCCAGUUCUCUCAUGCCCAGGGUGUCUCCAAUGGGAUCAUGGCAGGUUCUCAGGUUAUGUAUGUACAUAACAACAACACACUGGUCAUAAAGGAACAGCAUCAGGAGCCCCGGGUCCCUAAGCACAUCUUGCAAAACUGCUAGGAUAAGAAUGCCCUACCAAGUUCCAAGUGACUGAAUCAUUUGUGACCAAAAACAGGAGAGCUUUGUGAAGGGGAUGCAGGCUUGGGCACACCACAACCCAGUAGGAAGAGCUGCCCUGGUCAACACAGGGCAUUAAAGAAGAUGCUUGGAAGCAGAUCUUCCCCAACCUCAUCACUGAAGGAUCAGCCUCCUCCUGAAAAUCUGUUCCAAAAACAGAGAAAAAUUUUUUCAAUGGAUUUGUCCUAACAGGACAAACAAAAGGCAAGAAAGGUUCCUUGGAAAGGGGACCUCGCCAUCAUCAUCUGUGCAGAGACAAAGCAAAGUUAAUAGUAGAGCUGCCUCUACUGGCAACACCAAAACUCUGAAAGUGAAGACAAAUGUUGGCAAGGUGUUAGAUGUGAAAACAGGGAGUAGCCAUGGUGUCAGAAUCACCUGCCCCCAAGAAUCAUGUUCCUCUCUGACAAAGCCUGUGAAAACAUUUAAGGCACUUUUUGCAGACCCAGGCAGAUACUGUCCAGGGACAUGCUUUUAACUACAAAGCUUCCUCCUAUAAAAGUAUCAAGUCAUGUAGCCAAGAAGCACCUUUGGCUGACCAAAGACACCCAUUGAAGAAUGCAAUGAACAAACACAGGGAGAGAUAGCACCAGAAAGUUGUGGCAUUCAAGGAUCUGCCACUAUUGCAGAGGCAUCCAGCAUCCAUGCCCAAUCAAGAGUUCCUGCCACAUGCAAACCACACCUGCAGGUGUCAAGCCAGCCAGGUAUCUCCAACCACACCUACAUUUUCUGAAGGCACUGUAUUGGGAAAUGUUUCUACUCUUCAAACAUAAAAUGCUCCUUCAGCAUUUCCAGGGAGGAAGAUUUCCUCCUCCCAAAUAAGUUAUCCCUUGUUGAAAACACUGGUUUUCCACAAUAAAUAUUCUAAUGAUUGUUGUCUUUUAUGUGUACUGUUUUGGAGACAUGGGAUUUGAGUAACAUAGGGUUUAUACUUAGGGAAAAGAAGGAAUUAGUUCACUUACUCAUCAUCUCUUUUGUAUUUAAAUGAUGACAGUCCACUGAGCUCUAAGGGGAUGGUUAUCAACUGCCCCUUAAGGCCCUUCCGACCCCAGAGAAGUCUGUUUCCUAGUCUGUAUGAUUUUGUGUGACAGCCCAUAUACCCUCCCCCUCAGUGACUAUUUCUUGGCCUCUGGAGGAAUAAAGGAGGUAAGUCAUCAUACCUAAAGAGGGUCAAAGUCACAUAUCUUUUUUCAGAAAAUUGUGCUUAAUCUUAUUUUUUAUUAAAAUACUGUAAUGACUGGAGCUUGACACAGGUGGGUGAUCUUCGCCUCAGGCAUGGUUGAAGAUUACUGCCAUAAUAGACAUGGGAUUGAUUGGGUUAAGGUCUAGAAACAUUAGAAUUGUUGGUUGAGAAUAUGUCAUGAGAGGCAUGCUAAUGCAGUGGGAAACCGUACUUUGGGGCAUUGAUGUUUUCCUCCUGGGAAAUAAGCUUAUGAAGGUAGCUCCCUGCCACCCAUGUGGGAGACCCAGAUGGAGAUUUAGGCUCGUAGCUUUUGUCUUGCCUAUCUCCAGCAUUGACAGCUAU